GUGCAUUGCUGUGAAAUGGAUCAGGGCACUUUCUCUGCCCGAACCCGGAAAGCCAGACCCAAGUCUGAGCUGUAUUCCACCGUCGUCGUGCACGACGAUGACGACGACGACAACGGCGGCAACAGCUACGAUAAGCGAGAGCAAAGCCGGAGCAGACAGAAUGCCAGAAGCUCGGAACCCGAGGACGAUCCAUUUGCAACGAUGGUCUACAGGGACAAUGGCCCUGAAGACGAAGAUGACGACGACCCCUCCCUCCCUCCUCUUCUCAAGCGCCUGCCAAAGGACUUCGGCGGUGGAGCUCCGUUGGACGACGAAGACGAUCCUGACGACGAUGCCGGCGAUUUUGGCACCAUGAUCGUCAAGACUGAUCGAGCUCGGGAGCGAAAUCGGUCUUCUUCGUCGCCCAUGGGUUCGACCUGGAAGUCUCGGAAGUCUCCUUUGACGCAGGCAGGUCCAAUGGCGGGACUGGGUGAUGAGAAUGAUGAAGAUGAUGACGGUGACGAGGGGUUUUCAACUUUUGUCGUACGUAAAACGGCUAGGUCCAGUGAGAGAGAGUCGGUCAGUGGAACCGUGGUGCGUAGGACAAGUGGCGGUGCUGGUGGUGGUGGAACUGCUACUAGCUCGACAAUGGAAAGAGCGGUGGCGAGUAUGCAGGCAUCGGGUGAGCUGGGUUAUGGGAAACAGAGGAGGGGAAGUGGGUCCUUGCAGAACGACGAGGGUAGGCAGUCAAUAGGUACGAAGGUUUCAUCGAGUUCGAUUCCGGAAAGCGUCACUAGAGAGGAUCCGACAACUAAGUACGAAUUACUCAAUGAACUUGGGAAGGGAUCUUACGGGUCUGUUUACAAAGCUAGGGAUUUAAAAACCUCCGAGCUUGUCGCUAUCAAAGUCAUUUCCCUCUCUGAAGGGGAGGAGGGAUACGAAGAAAUCCGAGGUGAAAUUGAGAUGUUGCAGCAAUGUAAUCAUCCAAACGUGGUCCGCUACCUUGGAAGCUAUCAGGGAGAAGAGUAUCUUUGGAUAGUUAUGGAAUACUGUGGCGGUGGUAGUGUUGCUGACCUGAUGAAUGUAACUGAGGAGCCACUGGAUGAGGGUCAGAUAGCGUACAUCUGUAGAGAAGCAUUGAAGGGACUUGAGUAUUUGCACUCCAUUUUCAAAGUCCAUAGGGACAUUAAAGGUGGGAAUAUCUUAUUAACUGAACAAGGAGAUGUCAAGCUAGGGGAUUUUGGUGUUGCUGCACAGCUUACGAGGACCAUGUCAAAGCGAAACACGUUCAUUGGAACGCCUCAUUGGAUGGCUCCAGAAGUUAUUCAGGAAAGUCGCUAUGACGGAAAGGUAGACGUGUGGGCUCUUGGUGUGUCUGCAAUUGAAAUGGCAGAGGGCCUUCCUCCAAGAUCAGCUGUCCAUCCAAUGAGGGUUUUGUUCAUGAUAUCCAUUGAACCGGCACCAAUGCUUGAGGAUAAAGAAAAAUGGUCUCUACAUUUUCACGACUUUGUGGCUAAGUGCCUUACUAAGGAACCUCGUUUACGACCUACUGCAUCAGAGAUGUUAAAGCACAAAUUCUUUGACAAAUGGAAAACUGGAUCAACGGCAAUGAUGCCAAAAAUUGAAAAGGCUAGGCAAAUCAGGAAAUCGAUGGCUUUGCAAGCACAAACUGUUGCUCCGGCUGCAUUAGAAGAUCAGUGUAACGAGCAAAAACUGAAUGAUGACUAUGGGGACACUGUUCCAUCAAGACCUCUUAACGUUGGUGUUCAAGGGGCAGGUGGUCUUUCUUCAGAUGGAACUCUGAGGACGCUGAAUAGGUUGGAAAGUGUGGAACUGAGUGAAGGUAACUUUGGCACUGUAGUAGUCCAUGGAGAUGAGAUUGAUACAGCAGCAGUCAGGCCACAGGGAGCAGAUAAUGCAGAUUCCUCUGCUUCCUCAAUUAGUGGAACAAGAGGCAGAUUGGCUGAUUCUCGAGCGGAGAGUCUAAAAGUUGCUGUCUCAAGUGAUGCCUCUGUUGGGGGUUUGGGUGCUCAUACUAAUACCAUAAAAUCAUCUUUAUCUCCUGUUAAUGACUCUGCUGAGCUGAAACACCAAAUAAGAGGUGAUUUUCAAGCAACAGUGGGAGUCAGCAGUGAUAGAAGGAACGGUACUCUGAAGAAUGAAACAGUCAGCAGAAAAGCAUUUGCUUUACAGGAUAAGCUUUGGUCAAUUUAUGCAGCUGGUAAUACAGUGCCCAUUCCGUUCUUGAGAGCAACAGAUAUUUCACCUAUUGCUCUCCUAUCGGACAAUGUGCUUGGUGGCAUGCAACAAGAUUCCACUGGAACUGCUACAGUAGAAGCAUUGCAAGAGCUUUUUAGUGGUGAUGGACAGUCCAAAAGGGGACGCAGAGGACAAAUUGAGCAGAUGCCUGUUCCUCCAAGCAUUUACCAAAGACUGACAUCCAGUUCUACUCUGCUGAAUUUGGCCCAGGCUCUAGCGUACCACAAGAUGUGUUAUGAAGAUAUGCCGCUGCAGGACCUUCAGGCAUCCCAAGAGCAGCAGACCAUUCAGAACCUCUGUGAUACUCUUCGUACUAUUCUUCGCUUGUAGGUGGUUGUUCCCAUAUAAAAUUUUGCUUCUUUUCUUCGUCUUUCGGCUCUGGUCUAUGUAAAUUUGAAGUAAACCCUAGAAAAAUAUGGUUUUUGGCGGGGUCCAGCAAGGUUUGACAUUUAUGUGUUGUAAGUAAUGUGGCUCUUGCACAAGCGGGGUUCACAAUGUGAGAUAAUGUGUCAUGGCAGUUGCUUAUAUUUUGCUGUGCUGUGUCACAUAUUUGUAUAUUAGUGUAUUAAGAUUGUGUUCCUCCGUAUAUAAAUCUCGUUUAGCGAGGAACCUCGCAAGUCACAGCAGUUGCUUCUAUUUUGCUUGGAUGAAAGAGCUUUUCUACCAUUUGCUGACA